AGCGAAAUUCCUUAAGUAGCUGGGAAUACCCUUUCCUCUUUCAAAACCUUGCGUAGGUAAAAAAAUAUUGUAUAUGCAUUACUGCGCGUCCAGCUAUAAAAUGAGCUGCAAAUCGACUCGAGACGUCAAUCGUUAGCGCUAAGUUGACAGUAAAACACACAGCUAAAAACUCAUUACUAAGAACCACAAUAUCAACAGAUCAAAAGUACGUCGGAUUAAUAUGAAGAUGACCACGAAUUUAAGCUUCUUGCUUAAAAUGCAAAUAUUCUUCCUGAUAGUUUUUCAAACCAGCGCUAGACCUGCGCCUAGUGCUGAAGCUUCUAAGGACAUUAUGAAAAAACUACAGAGCAUUUUUAAAAUUGACGAAGGUCUUAUGGUAUAUAACACUGGAGUAGCAAGAGAAGAACUGGAAGAUGACGAAAUCGUUUGCGCCGAACGUCGCGCUGGAAAGUCAUAUUGCAAGGAGGUUGAAAAUUAUAUGGAGGCCACACGUCUAGACAAAAUCGACCCAAAAGAGUUCGAAAAAUUCAGAGCAUAUUUCACUGAUGAUAUGGCGAUGCCGCUGAAUAUAGCAACUCGUAUGGAGAUCGAGGUGGUGAAGAAACCUUGCAAUACCAUAACAAACCUGAUUUAUCCGGAAGGUGCGAUGUCAGAGGAUGCCAAGUGGUUAUUGGUGGUGCAACAUGAGCAACAUAAGCAAGGUGUUCUAGUAGAGGAAUGCGAAAAUGAGGAACGACCUGGCGAAGAGAAUAGUACCCUGCCGCUGGAGGAUAUACCGAAAUGUAAACAAAACUUCAUCUAUCGAAAGUUGAUUGUGUUGAAGGACGGCGCGAUGAAAGAAGAAAUGGUUAAAUUACCAAGUAUCUGUGAAUGUAUCAUGAGCUCGAAUUGAGAUUAUACUUAGUUAUAAGAAUAAAAAAUAAUAAUGAGAAUAGCGUAAGUUUUGAGAAAUUGUUGUUAAAUUUUUAAGUUGUGUUGCUAUUUUGAAUG